CACUUCGGUCCCCUUUAAAAACUAAUUUGAAACGGCGGCGCGAUGUGUCAAGUUUCGGCUCCUCCCCAGAUCUAAGUCUGCAUGGAUUCAGCGCGUUAUUCAAUCCGCAGGGCGCCGAUCGGAGCGAACAUCAGAGAGUACAAGGUUUGUUGGUCAUGUUUGGCUCUGAAAAUGAUGGGUGAGGUCUGAUCUUUCCACAUUUCACUAAAUCCAACCUUCUGUUCUCCAUCAAGAUGGCAUCAUGUGUUUCUGGCUGCUCACAGGUGGUGAGAUUCUAUCACAAACUGAACAGACUGAAGACAUUGGAGGACGAUGUAAUGGCAACAUCACUGAAACGUUGUCUCUCGACGGUGGACCUUGCACUGCUCGGUGUAGGUGGAAUGGUGGGUUCGGGCCUGUAUGUUCUCACAGGAACCGUUGCAAAAGACACAGCAGGACCCGCUGUAGUGGUGUCCUUCAUUAUAGCAGGCAUAGCGUCUCUCAUGGCGGCGCUGUGCUAUGCUGAAUUUGGCGCUCGUGUACCAAAGACAGGCUCCGCCUACAUGUUUACCUACGUCUCGGUUGGGGAAAUCUGGGCUUUCCUCAUUGGCUGGAAUGUCAUUUUGGAGUACAUGAUCGGUGGAGCUGCAGUAGCCCGUGCAUGGAGCGGCUAUCUGGACUCUAUUUUCAAUCACCGUAUCCAGAACUUCACAGAGAGUCAUGUGAUGCGCUGGAACGUUCCCUUCCUCGCUCAUUACCCAGAUCUCCUAGCAGCUUCCAUUCUUAUUCUGGCUUCCUUUUUAAUUUCAUUUGGUGUUCGUGUGUCAUCUUGGCUCAAUCACAUCUUCUCAGCCAUCAGUAUGGUGGUCAUUGCCUUUAUCCUGGUGUUUGGAUUCAUACUGGCGGAUCCUGCCAACUGGAGCACUCGGGAGGGAGGUUUUGCCCCGUUUGGAUUCUCGGGUAUAAUGGCUGGGACCGCAACAUGCUUCUAUGCCUUUGUCGGUUUUGAUGUUAUAGCAGCAUCCAGCGAGGAAGCAAGCAAUCCUCAGAAGGCCAUUCCUGCAGCAACAGCCAUCUCAUUGGGCCUGGCAGCCACAGCGUACAUUCUAGUGUCUACAGUUCUUACACUGAUGGUUCCAUGGCAUACGCUAGAUCCAAACUCAGCGCUGUCAGAUGCAUUCUUCAGACGAGGUUACAGUUGGGCCGGGUUUAUCGUGGCUGUGGGCUCCAUAUGUGCCAUGAACACUGUGUUGCUCAGCAACCUCUUCUCCCUCCCGCGAAUCGUGUAUGCCAUGGCAGAGGACGGCCUCUUCUUCUCGGUCUUCUCCCGUGUUAACCCAAUCACUAAAGUUCCUGUCAUCGCCAUUCUUGUUUUUGGCAGUCUGAUGGCAGUUCUUGCUCUCAUCUUUGAUCUGGAGGCUCUGGUCCAGUUCCUCUCGAUCGGCACACUGCUGGCUUACACAUUUGUAGCGGCUAGCAUCAUAGUGCUUCGCUUCCAACCGGAUAAAAGAAGCGGUAGCUCAGGAGGAGGUGGCGUCAAAACAGAUGCUUCAUCCCCACCAUCACUGAACCAAUCAGAACAGCAGGUGGAUCCGUCUCCUGUAGCGGGUGAGAGUCACACCUUUGCACAGGACAGCGGAGAGCUGAAGGAGUACGAGUCUUUUUCUGAUAAACUUCAGCUGGUGGAGAGGCAGAAGGCUGUGAAGGAAAGACGGGCACCUGGCACGUUGAAGGCUCGAUGGGAGCCGUAUCUGGGACGCUUGCUGGGGGACUGUGAGCCGGGGGAGGUGGUUACGUUCUGUGUGAUGGCUCUGAUGGUGAGCGGAGUGUCUCUUAGUGCAGUGUUGGUGUUUGGAAAUAACCAGCUGCACCUGCCGGUGUGGAGCAUCACCCUGUUACUUGUCAUCUUCAGUCUGGUCUUCGUGCUUAGUUUGUUUCUCAUCUGGGUCCAUGAACAGCAGGCCAACCUUAAAACUUUUCAGGUUCCUCUGGUGCCGUUCAUUCCUGGCUUCAGCAUCCUCUUGAAUGUGUUGCUCAUGUUGAAGUUAAGUCCUCUCACAUGGAUCCGUUUCAUCAUUUGGCUCGCAGCAGGUCUUUUGGUGUAUUUUGGGUAUGGCAUCUGGCACAGUAAAGAGGGUUUACGAGAGCAGCAGGGACAGGACGUAUCCGCUCGAUAUGUGGUUCUCCCCAGCGGAAGCCUUGUGGAGACGGUCCAGAACGUCCAGCCUGAAGGACAAACUCAUAACAGACUAACACCAGACAACACUCCUGACAACAGAUGAUUUAACCAUGAGGUGUGUUAACUGUACACCUGCAUGCCUGUUUGCUGCUGUUUCUCUUUCCUUUACUUCUGUUAUCAAGUUGUGCUAUUCAUGUCAAGAUCAACCAAAUUGUUCAACAAAGUCUGAAAACACUAAGACAUUAUUUUGGUUUGAAUCAACUUUCUUUUCUGCCAUUUUAAUCACAACUGAUUAAUCAUUACUGGUCAUUGUUUCAUUUUUUUUCCAUUUAUCUCUCUUAUGUAAUAUACAGUGCACAUUCACUGUGUUAAGCCACUACAUUGGCUUGUAUGUAAAUUAUACAUGAGAGUAUUGGCUCAAACAGAUUCAGAUCUCUGUUGUGUUUUAUAGUGUUUGCACAGAGCCAGGUGGAGCUCGCUGAUGUAUGUUGCUGCUCGGUGAAAGCUGAAACCUUUAAGACAGGCUGCUGUUUAUCUUUUAAACACCAUUGUUUGCUGUUGCCUAAAUCUUUUCUUUAGAAAUAUUUCAUUCCACAAGAAUAUGACCAACAGGAUAUUUGAAAUUCGUGCUACACUACCAAACAAACACAUCACUGAUGCUUUGUAUGAUUUUUUCCAUCUAAAGGCUUUUGCUUAAAGGUCUAAAGUGAGUUUUCUAGACAAAUGAAUUAUGCCUUCAUUUGCAUAUCCCCAAAAACUGACAAAAAAAGAUGAGUUAGACCAAAUAGUUGAGGAAAAGCAGCCAACAAGUAUCCUGUCAUCUGAACCCAUGCGAUAUUGGUUGAAUAUGGUAUGGCGGUAUAUUUUCCUAUUACAUGCACCGCGAUAUGUAAAUUAGCGGGUGUGGCAGGAUUAAAAUAGUAAUAUCGAUAUAUUAAUUUAUGUAGUAACGUUAAAAUUGUUGACUGGUAGUUUAUAGACGGUUUCAGCGGCAACUUCAUAAAUGAAAUGUGGCCCAAACUUCCCAAAAAUCAAUAACUGUUGAGUCAUUUUAAUUUAAUUUGAUACAAUUCAAUAUUAAUAAAAGUUAAUAUAAAUAUAAAUUAAAAACAAAAUGAACUGUUAUAUUACUAGCUAGCAAGACCGAUAACAAAACACAGACAGGAAGUGAUCUUCGGCCCAGAAACAUGCGUCCAAUGAAAGCGUCUAUAAUAUAAUGCGGUUUACAAUGGAAGACACUGCGGCAUGGUCUAUAUUGUGUUUGGAUUUUUUUUUUUAAGAUAUGUGAAAUAAUGACAAUCACAGGUUGAACAUUAAAAUUGUGGUCUGUUUAAAGGUCUGCCAGUGUCUAAACAAAUGCUGUUAUGGGAUCAUGUGGAUCUACUUAAAUCUAUCCCCCUUCCCCCUAUAUAUCACACAGACACACACACAGACGCACUUAUUGUGUGUGUCUCGACAGAAGGCAAGCAGCGUCCAUUGAUCACAUGAUUAUACUGAAACAUUACCACUUUCACAUUUACUCCACACACACACACAGUUGUAAAUUGGUAGCAUCUGGUUCUCAUACAUUCCACCUCAUUAAUAUUUAUUUUAAUACAGUAGAUCUGUGUAUUUAUUUAUUUUACAGUAUUCUCUUAAACCAGCUUUUACAUUUUUUGUACAAAAGUUCUCUAUUCCUGUGAUGUUACAGUAAUUUAUUUAUUGUGCAAUUGUUUUCAGUUUUUCAUGUGUUUGUAAAAUAGGCGUUAUAUGAGCUGCUCCUGAGUAAAUGUGUUUUGUUUUCAUGCUCUGACACACCUCUCUGGCCUUACCUGUACAAACACACACACAUUCACAAGCCCUUACUUAAGCAUUCUUCUCUAAUCCCUUCAUCCACAUCUCAUGUGACAUUCACACACUAAACUGCCCUUAUUCUCACACAGUGUGACAUACAGUAACAGCACAGGGACACUUCAGCAUAACACUGGCACUCAACAAGAUAAUAUAUGUGUCGGCAAGUAAUUUGUCUGUUACAACUGAAUACAAAAAUAUCUAGCUAAGUGACUACCAAAAUAUCCCGUCAAGUGUCAUCUUUUUUCCCAACUGCUUGUUACUUUAUAACCAGGUGUUCCCUUCAUGUGUGCAUUAGAAAUGUAUGCUUAUUGUGAAGAUUAAUGACCUGCCAGUUAGUAUCCAGUUAAUAUAUACUACGAGCAGUAAAUUAUGCACAAUUGGCUGUUUUGUGUAUGAGAACACGCUCAAGUAGAUUACUGCUAGCUAUUUUAAAAGCUCAGCCUGAGAAGCACAGACAUUUAUAUUAUCACAAGCACAAAGUAAUUUUCAUAACCCAAGCAGAAAAGAGCUUGCGUAUUGUGCACAGUACAUCACACAUGCAAAUAUUUACAAGCCCCUGUAAUCUCCCCCACCCGCCUCUACCCUAACAGAUUGACCCAGAUUAUCAUCCAGAGAGAGUGAAUGCAGAUCGACUCUCAGACCACGCACAUUCAUGUCGACUCAUUCUGCUUCCUGUUGCUUCUGUUCACACUAACCCUUGAUGUAAAGAAUGUAACUGCACACUACAGAUUUCUGAUAACUGCAUUAUAUAUGGCUUUAUUCCUCUAUUUACAUGUAUUAGUGGUGCUCUAUAUCCGAUGGCCACAUUGUUUUUAUCUGCUCAGAUCCAUUUAGACCAAAAUUAUGUUUGCUGUUUGUGUUUUGGGAUGUACUAAAUGUUUUUAUUUUUGCUGGUUUGAAACAGUUAAGUGAAAAACAAUUGUUUUUUCUAUGCUGUCUUAUUCCUUUGGAUCCCUCUACCCAAUGUUAUACAGAGUCUUAAAGGGACAGUUCCCCCCAAAAGGAAAAUUCAAUCAUUAUUUUCUUACGCUCUCUUUGUUCCAAACCUAUAUACAUUUCAUAGUUUUGUUGAACACAAAAGAAGAUAUUUUAAAGAAUGUAGGGACCAAACAUUUCUGGGGCACCAUUGACUACCAUAGUAGUUUCCUACUAUGGCAGUCAAAAGUGCAUCAGAGCAUUAAUGUUAGAAACAUUCUUCCAAAUAUAUUUGAGUGUUCAGCUGGCAAACUAAAUAUAUACAGGUUUAAAGCAACUGGAGGGUGAGAAUUUUCACUUUUGGGUGAACUGGAUGGUCACACUGGUUCCAUUCACUUCCAUGAACACAUACGCAUUUGAACAUAAGAAAGUUUACGUUUUGUAAACUUUGACCAGAUUCGCCCUUCAGCUAGAUUAAUGGUUUGUCCUUAUUUUCCUGAGAUAGUAAAAGGCACAAAAUAUCACAUUGUUUUAACUGAAUUAAAUUGUCUUAAGUGGCACAGAAAGGAAAAACGCUGCAUCAGAUGCAUAUUGUCCAUAUGAGAAACUCCCUUUACUGAGCGAGUGCUGUGACCCGGGUAUAUGUUUAUACCCUUUUACUCAAUCUGUUUCCUACUUUAUUUAACAGCUGUCUGGAAUUUGUAUCCAAGUCUGUCUGCCAGCUCAGUCUGCUGCAUAAUCCACUUCAUGUCUUUCUGACAGCCAGGCUUAGUUGCACAAGGCCGAUAUGAAGACAUGGUGUAGAGUUGCAUUGGAAGGCACAAGAUACACUUACAGUGUAAAUAUUGUCUUUGUAUUUGUAAAUAUAGCACAUGUAACCAAUGGCCUUAAUGAUUCAAAUACUGAAGCAUUCCCAAAGUUUUCAAUUUAGCUACUGUAGUCUUUAGUCUUAUUUGUACUUUUGUGUUAUUUAAACAUACAAAAGAGGAAUGUGAUCAAUCUUUCUACACAUUGUCAUUUUUUUUGGAUUGUUUCCCCAGUUGCCCUGUGUUAUUAGAUUCUUUAAAAAAAUACCAAUUCUCUUUGUUGUGUUACUGAGCAUAUGCCUCUGUUUUGGUCUUUGUAAUGUUCUGUUAUCAAAAGAUUAUUAAAAGAUGUAUAGAUGUAUUAUUAUCUAGACAAAUAAAUGUUUUCAAGCAUCA